UCCUAUUCCCUCAUCAAUUGUCAUAGUGAGCUUCUGAACGAAGGGUAAAACUUCGAGCAUAACCGUCGCUCUGUUUGGAGGCGAUUUCGUAGCGAAGGAGCAUGUCUUUGAUCAACGAUCUCAUCAAUUUGGACCUCUCUGGGGAGAAAUUCAUUGCUGAAUAUAUAUGGAUUGGUGGAUCUGGAAUGGAUCUCAGAAGCAAGGCUAGGACUCUCUCUGGUCCAAUAACCGAUCCUGCGAAGCUCCCGAAGUGGAACUAUGACGGAUCCAGCACAGGCCAAGCCCCUGGCGAAGACAGUGAAGUUAUCCUUUAUCCUCAGGCAAUUUUUCCAGAUCCAUUCCGGAGAGGAAACCACAUACUUGUCAUGUGCGAUGCCUACACUCCUGCCGGGGAGCCAAUUCCCACAAACAACAGGUGCAAUGCUGCCAAGAUUUUUAGCCAUCCCAAUGUCAUUGCAGAGGAGCCGUGGUAUGGCAUCGAGCAAGAGUAUACUCUGUUGCAGAAGGAUCUCAAAUGGCCUCUCGGAUGGCCCGUUGGAGGAUUCCCUGGACCGCAGGGACCGUACUACUGUGGGAUUGGUGCUGAAAAAGCCUUUGGUCGAGACAUAGUCGAUGCUCACUAUAAAGCGUGUCUCUACGCAGGGAUCAACAUCAGUGGCAUCAAUGGAGAAGUUAUGCCUGGCCAGUGGGAAUUCCAAGUCGGCCCUUCCGUGGGAAUCUCUGCUGGUGAUCAGCUAUGGGUGGCUCGAUACAUUCUAGAGAGGAUCACUGAGAUUGCUGGUGUGGUCGUCUCCUUCGAUCCUAAGCCUAUUCAGGGCGACUGGAAUGGCGCCGGUGCUCAUACAAACUACAGCACCAAGUCCAUGAGAGAUGAAGGAGGCUACGAGGUGAUCAAAAAAGCUAUCGAAAAGCUCGGCCGGAGACACAAAGAACACAUCGCCGCUUACGGAGAAGGCAACGAGCGUCGCCUCACUGGGAAGCACGAAACAGCUGACAUCAACACUUUCUUAUGGGGCGUGGCGAACCGUGGAGCCUCCAUUAGAGUGGGAAGGGAGACAGAAAAAGAUGGAAAAGGUUAUUUCGAGGAUAGGAGGCCUGCAUCGAACAUGGACCCGUAUGUCGUGACUUCCAUGAUUGCGGACACUACAAUUCUUUGGCACCCAUGAAAUAAAGGUACCAUCGACCUCAAUAUUCCCAUCAUAUAUAUAUAUAUAUAUGUUUUUAGUGUUUUUACGAAAUCUGUGUCGAGAUGUUUUAUUUUAAGCAUUCUGCUGUAUAUUAGUAUAUGUUUUAGACGAUGAGGUGAGGUUUAAAUCUGUUCGUUGCCAUAAUAAUAAUAAUAAUACAAAAAAUUAAAUUAAAUUAAUGCAUUACAUAAAUAU